GUCCAGGAGCUGCUCGUGCGCUGCCUGUCCGCGGGUACGGACGCGUCCGAGAGGCCAUUCACCGAGCUCGAGGCGCUGACACUUCUGGUGCGGCUGCUUGGUGCGGGUGCGGGCGACCUGCUCGGCGAUGUGGUGCGCCCAGCAGAGCUGCGGCGCAGCUGGGUGCAGGAGGAUGGCUCCGUUUCACGGCAGUUGCGCGGGGAGGACACCGUCAAGGCGGUGCUCGGGCUGCUGAACCGGCACUCGCAG